AGUUUUACACCAUUCUGCACCAAAAAUACCACGGCCAGUUUUCCGGUUGCAUUAGCCGGAAAAAAACCUCUUCUCGAAGAAAGAGGAACCACUUACGUAUCAUCAUUCGGUAUAUGAAUAAUCAACUAAGAUUAAGAGUUAGUAAAUAUUUUUUGAUCAUGUCCGGCUACAAGGUUUCAAUGGCUGAAAUCAUGGAGCUGAACGAGAAAGAAUUCGAUAAGAAGGGGGUGAAAUACUUGGGAAAAAUCAACGUAGAAAAGAUGAAAUAUUCCGCGGUUGCUCGGGCGGGAUUAAUCACUGAGAUAAAGAUUUGGGUGAUCCGGGCGAUGACCCUAGUUCUUGUUUGGGCUUGCGUGCUGCAGUUGGCGGCGCUGAGCCAGACAUGGGGGCCGAGGGUGGUGCAACACUGGUCUUCUGCUGCUUCCCUUCCCCCUACACGGCUUUAUAAGAGCAAUGGAUAUCUGAUGGUCUCAAGUAACGGAGGACUGAAUCAAAUGCGAGCCGGAAUUUGCGACAUGGUUGCUAUUGCAAGAUUCAUGAAUGUCACACUCAUAGUACCUGAACUCGACAAAACCUCCUUUUGGAAUGAUCACAGCCAGUUCAAUGACAUAUUCGACGUGGAUUAUUUCAUCACUUCGUUGAGAGACGAGGUUCGGAUACAGAAAGAACUGCCUCCGACACUGAAGAGAGUGGUGGAGGAGGGCACUUUUUACUCCAUGCCUCCCGUUAGCUGGUCUAACAUGUCGUAUUACCUUAACACGGUUCUUCCUCGGAUAGAAGACUAUGAGCUCUUGCAUCUCACUAAGACUGAUGCUCGGCUUGCUAACAACGGGCUUGCUACGGAGGUUCAGAAGCUAAGGUGUCGAGUAAAUUACAAUGCUUUGAGAUUCACUCCUGCCAUAGAAAAGUUGGGUAGAAAGAUUGUUGAGAUUCUAAGACAGAAGGGUCCAUUUCUAGUUCUUCACCUUAGAUAUGAAAUGGACAUGUUGGCAUUCUCUGGCUGUAAUGAAGGUUGCAAUGCUACCGAGGUCGACGAGUUGACCAAAAUGAGAUAUGCUUACCCCUGGUGGAAAGAAAAGGUUAUAAACUCCACAAACAAGAGAAAGGCAGGUUUGUGUCCUAUGACUCCGGAGGAAACAGCUUUGACAUUGCGCGCACUGGACAUCGAUAAAAACAUUCAGAUUUAUAUUGCCGCUGGGGAUAUAUACGGAGGAAAGAGGAGAUUGGCGAGUCUAGCAGAGGCUUUUCCAAAUCUGGUGAAGAAGGAGACAUUAGUUCAACCCUCAGAGCUUUUGCCAUUCCAGAACCAUUCUUCUCAAAUGGCAGCACUGGAUUAUAUUGUAUCAAUAGAGAGUGAUAUCUUUGUACCAACAAUUGGAGGCAACAUGGCUAAAGUUGUUGAAGGUCAUAGAAGGUUCUUGGGAUUCAAGAAAACAUUACUGCUAGACAGAAAGCUUCUAGUGAAUCUGAUAGACAAGUACAACACAGGAAAACUGAAUUGGGAAAAGUUUUCACUUUUGGUGAAGGAAGCUCAUGCGAGUCACUGGGGAACCCCGACUAAAAGAAUUGUGAUUCCGGGUAAACCCAAGUUAGAGGACUAUUUCUGGUCCAACCCACAAGAAUGUUUGCCUCCAACCAAAGAACAAUCACCUGUGUGAUUGCUGAUUGUUGCUCUGGUCUCAGAGUUCUUAUGUCGUAUAUAUUAAUUAACUUAUGUGUACAUCCACUUUCAUUUGUACCUUUACUCAACAUGUAAAAGUACGAUGCUCUUCAAUAAUAUAUUUAUCAAAAAAACAAGUGAGAAGUUUUCUGUUUCGAAA